CUUGUGAAAGUAGGCGGUAUAUAAAUUUGGCUUUAAAACUGGCGCGUGACUAGCAGAAGACGGAGAGACGAGGCACUGUCUUGAUUAUUUACUUGGGUUGAUACUCAACAUAUCGAUAAAGUAGGCAGAUUUAAAAAUCAGAGAUUUAAGUGAAAAUCGUACUACCAUGCUACUACGUAGUACUAUCAAACUUAUCCUUGUGUUUGGGAUAUGCACGCUCGGGGGACUAGACUGUGCUAGUACAAGACAUAAGGUGUUGCUGGUGUCGUUUGACGGAUUUCGAUAUGACUAUCUUGGAAAGUACGCCACGCCCAGUUUUGACUUCGUGGCUAGGACUGGAGUUCGUGCCCAGCUUGGCGUUCGAACUGCAUUUGUUACCAAGACUUUUCCCGAUCAUUAUACAAUAGCAACAGGUCUGUACGAAGAGAGUCACGGAAUCGUCAGUAAUUCUAUGUAUGAUCCGCUGUUCAAUGAAACAUUCAACAUUAGAAAUACUGAAAGUAAAUGGUGGGAUGAUGGAGAACCAAUAUGGACGACUGCAAAAUUACAAGGAGUGAAAGUCGGGACGUAUUUCUGGCCUGGAUCUGACGUUCAACUGAAAAGCAUACUACCUGACUUUUCUUUAGUUUACAAUAAAUCGAUUUCUUUCAAAACGCGAGUGGACACAGCGAUUGACUGGUUAUCCAAGGAAAACGCUGAACUUGUGCUAUUAUAUUUCCAAGAGCCGGAUUCUGCAGGACAUAAGUACGGAGCUUUUAGUUCCGGUGUGGAAAAAGCGGUUAGAGUUGUAGAUGAUACUCUUGGAUAUAUUUUGGAAAAACUAAACAAGACUAACUUGUUAGAAAAAGUAAAUCUCAUUCUUGUAAGUGACCACGGAAUGACAAACAUAACUCUUGAUCCCAGCCAUAUAAUUGUCUUGAACGAAUACAUAAACCUAGAGGCUGACGUGCAAAUAAUACCAGAUUUUGGAGCUGUGGCUGCAAUUAUGCCUAUAAAAGGAAGAGAGGCCAGCGUGUAUGACAGCUUGAAGAAUGCCCAUCCAAACAUGACGGUGUACAGAAAACAAGAUAUACCAGACCGGUUUCAUUAUAAGAACCACAGACGAAUCAUGCCGAUAAUAGCUAUAGCUGACGAAGGAUAUUUUAUUGUAACGAGAACGCCUACACCGGAUGAUUUCGCUAAAAGUGCAAUAGGACAACAUGGAUAUGACAAUCGCUUACGAUCUAUGAGACCUCUUUUUCUAGCAAGAGGACCAAGUUUCAAGAAAAACUUCACUAUUACAUCAAUUUUCGAAACCGUCAAUAUUUAUCCUAUGAUAUGCCAUCUACUGGACAUCCGCCCUGCACCGAACAACGGAAGUUUGGAGAACGUACAGAAUGCCUUUUAUAACAGUGCGCCAGCCUCACUUUCGACUUUAUCAUUUACAAUAGUUUUGUGUUACGUUGUGUUUUGCUUUUAAUUUUUUACGACUUUUUAUUCUCACAGUUUGUUUCUUGUUGUAUUUUGUUUUUAUUUUUCAAGAUUUUUUAAUUUCAUAUCAUUAAAUCCAAUUUUCCGUU